AGAGAGACAUCCUACUUAAGGAGCCGGGUGGCCGCUCACAACGACACAUUUUCACCCAACACAGCCAACACGUCUUACCACCACAGCGGCAGCAUGGAAGGCCACAAGGUGUAUCUCCUGACAUCGCUCCUCGUCCUUAUGACCUUCACUGGAAGAACACAGUCAGCCAGCUGCUGUGUGAGCUACCAGAACAUCAACUUGCCAUGCCAACAACUGCUGGGCUACACCAUCCAGAGCAUGGGCAAGCCCUGCGACAUCAACGCUGUCAUCUUCCAUGUGCCCGGCGGGUUCGUGUGCGCCGACCCGUCCAGGAACUGGACCCAAAGCGGGAUGAGGUGCAUCGAUGAGCGCAGGAGGAAGAGCACAGAGAUGACCGCCGCUGCAGCAUGAACACAAUCUUUAGUGACAACCACUUCCUGUAGCACAGAAGCACCGUCAAAUAAACUCUGUUUUAUAAUAGUAUUUGGAAUACUUUGUAACAUUCUGACAUCUUCCUCUUCACUGGAGUUCUCAAAUGUUGAAAAAGCUAUUAAACACAUUUUUACACCA